UAGCAGUGAAUAACAAAGGAGGUAUUGCAUAUAACACGGGUAUCACUAUCAUAUCAUUAUGCUCCUUUACCCUAGAGGAGGAGAGGAGAGGGAAGGAAUCAGAAAUGGCCAUCUAUAAUUAGAGGGAAAGGAGAAGGAGAAGGGGGAAAGGGGAAAGGGGGAAAGGAAGAAGAGUCUGUGCAGAAGAGAAGCGGAGGGAUCCGCCAUGGGCCGUGGACCAGUACAUUUGAAGCGAAUAGAAAACAAGAUCAAUCGUCAAGUUACAUUUUCAAAGCGGCGGAAUGGACUCAGGAAAAAGGCGACUGAACUGGCGGUGCUUUGCGAUGCCGAAGUGGCGCUCAUUAUUUUUUCCAGCAGAGGAAAGCUGUUCGAAUACGCCAGUAGUAACAACAUGAUGAAGACGUUGGAAAAGUAUGAAAAGCAAUCUAAUUCAAUGCCCGAAAAGAUAAUCUCCGAUCGGGAAGCGAAGAAUUGGAAUCACGAAAUUGCAAGGCUGAAGGCUAGAGUUGAAUAUCUAACAGUACAGCAAAGGCACUUAAUGGGAGAAGAUCUUGCUCCUUUGAGUGUUGAACAGUUACAGGAGAUUGAACAACAACUUGAAACUGGUGUCAAAUCUGUUAGAUCAAAAAAGGAUCAAAUUCUAGUAGACAUGAUUGACGAUCUUCGUAAAAGGGAGACUUUGCUACAAGAAGAAAACAAAAAUCUACAAAGGAGGAUUUCAGAUAUUGAAAGAAAAAGUUUAAUUGGUGGUAUGGAGGAAGCUCCUAAUGGUAAUGGAACUUGGGAUUCAUCCAUGACAAAUAAUAUAUAUGCAACUCAACAAGACUCCAGACCCACAUUGCAUAUUGGGUAUCCAGGUUUACACCUUGAUAGCAUGGCAACUCCUGAGGGGCAUCCCCAUAAUGGAGCACAUAAUUGCUACAUGCAAGGCUGGUGGAUUUGAAUCUCAUAGUUAAUGAAGAUAUUGUAUUUGAGUAUAAUAAAGCUCUGAUCUUGUUGUAUUCCCUUGGAUUUAUAUUUUAAUAAAACUUUUAAUAGAUGUCAAGUUGGCAUUCCAUCACCUAAAAGUUGUUACAAUGGUGUAGGUAACCAGAUUUGUGAUAUAUAAGAAUAGGCUAGUUUAUCCUCGUCUUUGUAAUUGCUUGUGUAUCAAAGGAUAUAUAGUUAUAGUUGUAUUUAAUGGUGAACAUGGAAAAUGGACAUAUUUAUUACUUAACGUAUGCAACACAAAAAGGUAAAGGUAUAGUUGAAAAGGUAAUUUCUUGGGUCACUACCUAAGAUAAAAGCCUUAUUUGUAAUUAUUACUUAGAUUUUUUAUAUUAUUAACUUUUUAAAUA